GAAAUGCGUCAUAACGAGAAAGUGGAUUUACGCGCGGCGGGUCUUGCUCAGAGUCUUGCAAUCGCUUGUGCUCCUGUUGUUCCUGUUGUCGCAGCUGUUUUCACAUUUCUUGGAUUGAUUCUAUCCGGUGGGGAUUUAUUAGCAAGCGAUGCAUUCAGCGCGAUCACGGUGUUUUUUGUGAUGAUUUUUGGCAUCCGAAUGAUCCCGUACGGAACACGUUAUUGUGCAGAAGCACUUGUUGCAUUGCGUAGAAUACAGGAGAUAUUCCUUCUGCCGGAAUAUGACCAGCAAAUUCCUGUUUGCAAGGAUGCAAAUAUUGCAAUACACUUCAAAAAUGCCACUUUUCUUUGGGAUGAAAAAGGUAGAGAUUUUUUGCGAUUUUCUCGAUUUAAUCAGAAUUUAUCAUUUUUUUGCGCAUCUUUUUACUGGGAUAUUGAAACGGACACAAUACGAUGCACUUCGAUAGACCCUGGAUAG